AUUGUGUACAGUGCAGUAUUCAGUAAACUAUUUUGUUUAUGCUCGCCUUUUUAACAGCAUUUACAAUCUUAUAAGAUGCACCGUUGAAGCAUGCAGCUGCAUACUGUAUAAAAACAUCAUGACUGUAUAAUUAUUAUGUAUCAGCCAUUUCAUCCAGUUGUGUCUGUCUGUACGUUGUUGUAUACGUGCAGGUAUGUGCACACUGCACACUAUGCAACAUCAGCGAGAUUCGAAACUGAGCGGCAUAUAAACAACUGCUGAUGUAGAUGAGCUAGAUUCGAAAUCAUAACACGCAUGAGCAAGGCUGUCUUCCCGCACUAUACAAAUCGAACUCUCAAAUUGUUAACCGUUGGCUGAACCAUCAAUUGAUUUUGUAUUAGCCGCAAGUUUUGAAUUUUUCUAUAAUUUUACGUAGUUACAUAACCGUACCGGUAUGCAGUAAAUUAUGGCGGAAAUAUCAUUUUCUACUACUAAUCGGAAAGGCAAGGUGUUGAAUUACAAGGGUUAUGAGUAUAUCGAAGACUGGAGACGUGGAGAUGACAGAACGGAGAAUUGUCAUAACUGGCGGUGUCGAGAAAGGACACAUUGCAACGCACGUUUGUAUUACGCUGAUGAACAACCUGUUGAGCGCGGCCAGCAUUCUCACGCCCCGGACAUCAUAAAGGUUACCGCGAAAUCAGCCAGGCAGGCACUAAAGGUUCGUGCAGCUAAUACAGUGGAGCGACCACGCCAGAUCAUUGAUGAAGUUCGAGCCGAAAUGCCAGUCUAUGCUGCAGUAAAAAUGUCCUCUUACAAUGCUCUCGCCAAAACCAUUGGACGCCAAAGAAGAGCGGAAGGUGUCCCUACAGCUCGUGUAACUUGCUUGGCUGAUAUCGAUGGCAGCUAUUUUCUGAAAGAAACCACGCGCAAAGAAUCCGUCUUAAUUGCUGACACUGGGGCCGAAGAUUUACAUCGGAUUAUUGUGUUUGGAGAUCCAAAAUGUUUUGAUUAUUUUGGUAGAACCAGUGUUUGGCUCAGCGAUGGUACCUUCAGUGUCAGCCCGCCUGUUUUUACACAGUUGUACACGGUGCAUGGAGAGGUUUGUGGUGCAACGGCUCCGCUUAUUUAUGCCCUGCUGCCGAAUAAAUGUGAGCUCACUUAUCGACGUUUUUUUACAAUACUGCGAGACGCAAUGAUUCAUAAAAGUCGAUCGGAAAAUGUGGGGCCGGAAUUCAUGUUAAUGGACUUCGAACAAUCGGCAAUCAUCGCGUUCAGGAAAGUUUUUCCGGGGACAAAGCUAAGAGGUUGCAAUUUCCAUUUCGGACAAAGCUUGUACCGGAAACUAGUAGCCCUGGGACAUGGUCCUACUUACGCUACUGAUGCCGAAUUCAGCAUUUCGUGUCGUAUGCUUUUUGCUCUCGCGUUUGUUCCGGUAGAAGACGUAGAACAGGCUCUUAUAGAACUGUUGGACACACCGGGCUUUCCGUUCAAACACGAUGACCUGUUCAUUGCAUAUUUGAAAACAACAUAUGUCGGGGAAACGACAACAAUGUUUCGAGCAUCCGGAUGUUGCAUCAAACGGCCUCUGUACCCAGUUAAAUUCUGGAGUUGUGUGGACAGACUUGAGAAAGAUAUUCACCGCACGACCAAUCGGUUAGAAGCAUGGCACCGCACUUUUUCUGAUGCUAUCAAUAAAGACCACCCUGGUAUCUAUCAGUUCUUCAACUUGUUGUGUCGGGAAAUUGUUCAUCAGCAAACAGAGGCCGCUUCACGCAUGGCAGGUGAAAUACCAAGACAGAAGAAGCAAUACGCCGAGGUCACCAAACGACUGAAGAACGUCGCGUCCAGCUACGGGCAAAUCGAUACGAUCAGCUAUUUGAGAUCGGUAGCCAUCAAUCUGGAAAUCAUGUUGUAGAGUGUAAAGUUAAAACUUUGAGUGGUUCUGUUGAGCACCUGUUCAGUUAAUCAAGCUUUCUGUAUACUGUAUUAUGAUUUACAUAUCCACAUAUUACACACAUACUCUGUAUGCAUGAGCAGAUCGUAGCGCAACAGCUUUGUGUUAUAAUAACCAUAAUAAUCUAACAUUAUUUAACGUAACAAUGGAGUGUGCGGAAGAACUUAUCGUACGUACUGUAUAUUUAUAAUAUCGUUAUUAUUUUAAAUUAAAUUCAAAUUGGUGGUUAUUAUUUAUUACAGAUUGAGUUCGUUCUGGUUAGUGGAUGGUUCAUGUGUAAUGGUGUUUAGCUUGUACAAAGUCGGAAAUAAAAUUAAUAGCUAAAUUCACGAUGUACUGAAAGUAAGGUCUGGUAGUACUGCCAUGGCUUUUUACAUUUAGAUCAUGUAAAAAUGCAAAAACGCAAGGCGUGUCCGUUUUUCUAACAUAGAAAGUACUAAGUACUGAAAAUAAAGUUAUUUUCUAUAGGUAGUACGUAGCUUAUAAUACGUAUGUGGUCUUCCUGUAUUAGGCAAAGCAAAUUGCCCAUUCGGCGAAAUAUCUGUUAGGCGAAAUGUCUGUUAGACGAAAUGUCUGUUAGGCGAAAUGUCUGUUAGGCGAAAUGGCUGUUAGGCGAAAUGUCUGUUAGGCGAAAUGGGUGGCAUUCGCACCACCUUUUAAGAAUUAAUUCUCACACCACCUUUUGACUAUUGCCACCGCCUCUGCACACCUCUUUUGGCUGGCUGCAGAGAGGGUGAAUUAAGCAAAUUCUUUAAUUUUUUAUGAACGAAUAUGCUCACUUUUUUCCAGAAAACUUUUUUUUUAAAUUUGCAAUUCGUCGACGUCAGCAGUGGUGGUGCGGGCCACACACCUGUGACCUGACCAUGAGGAUGAGAUUCAUCGGUGUUCGGUAGCUGCGACGGCUACUGCAUUGUGAACACUUAAGGGGAGUUGGGCCGUUACAUGGCCGUCACUACAAUGGUACAAAAUUCGUGUACAUGCACGAAAACUUACACUUUCGCGCACUCCCAAACACUUUUGUGUUUCGGUUUAUAAUAUUCUGUAGCCAGAAGAUUUGUAUACGCUGGCGUGAAAACCGUUUGUGCGCGCAACAUCCGGUUCGGGAGUUAUUCAAAAAAUUCGAAAAAUUUAUGUAUAAAUUAUAUAACAUCCCUGUUUGUUACGUCAAAAUGGCACACAGCCAGUCUGCAAACUCGGCGAGAAUCACGAAUUUACAGUGUCCGACGUGGCUAUAAAAUUAAUCAAAGUGAGAGUAUCAUUCCUGUAACGCGCGCAGUUUCAAAAGUGCCGGGGUAAGCACUUGCUGUUAUGGGCCUACAAUGACUUCCCGGCAUAGCUUAGGGCCUUAGGCGUACGGCUCCCAACCGCCACACGGCGCCAUGCCGCCAUCCCCGGCGAGAAUCGGCAAUUUUCUUAUCCGUAGAAACGGGAUGCUCAGGUCUGCUAGUAUAGCAAUGAACUGAAGGGUGUUACAGGGGAUGACGCAUCGCGUGCAUUUCCCUGUUCGAUUCUCCUCGUCGGGAUACGAGUGUGUCUUUUGCGAUGAUAUCAUUCUGAUUUUGCAUUUUUUCCCUGAUUUUUACGAUUUUCCUGCGCAUUACCAUUCGCGCAGAUUUUUGUCUUCCGAUGAUGUUUUUGUAUACGAAUAAAACCGCAGUUUUAUUCCCGUUUGUCUUUUCCGUCUGAUCUUCCCAUUACGGGACCGUUAUACACGCCACCACGUGUAACAAGGGGUAGUCGGGUUAACGGUGCGCCAACAGGAGCUCUACUAUUCGUAUUAUUACGUAUUCGCUCGAGCACUACUAUUACGGAUUCGCUCUGUUUCUGUUCGUGUGCUGUCAUAUAGGCGGUGGCGUAAUACC